UAAAAAGAGGAGGAGCCGCCAUAAACUUUCCACGCCGGCGAAUAUUUAUGGAAUUAAAAUUUCUUUUGUGUUUGCAAUUUAAAUAUAAUUAACCCAAAAGAGAAAAACUUAUUUGGUGUUUUUGGCCUUAAAGCAUAAGUGAUUAGUGUCUUCUUCUCUUUCAAGAUUCAUUAGUUAUUAACUUCUUGAAAAACCAAAAGGCAAAUCAAAGAAGAAGAAGAAGAAGAUGCUCAAAUUCGAUGAACCACAGUGCACAAACCCAUCAUGUUUCUUCUGCAGCAUGAAAGAGACCAACCCUUUCCGUCGAAGAUCCAAACUCGCCGCAAUUUUCAAGGAGAUUCCUCGUACGGAGUCAAAAGACCAUGUCUUGGUCUUGAGUGGUCUGUGGAACAUAGCCAUGUCCGAGCCUGACGAUCCUGAGUUCCCAUCACUAGGUUUGUUCGAGUGUAUGUCAAAACUCAUACAUAAGUCAAUCAAAAACAGUGCUUGGCUUCUUAAAGACCAGAACAUAUUCAUCCCUUACUACGCGGCUCAUAUCAUCGGAUCAUAUGUUAUGAACAAAGAAGAUUUGGCUGCGAGAGCGGUUGAUUCAAAGGCUUUUGUUGUUCCUGCUUUGUUGGAGCUUUUGAGAGGGAAGAUCAGUUGGGUUGAGCAGCGAGCCGCGGCUCGAGCAUUUGGUCACUUAGUUAGCCAUGAGAAGAGCUUUGAAGUGGUUUCUUUGUUCGAAGAAGAAAUCGUAAAGCUUUCGAUGGAGAUUGCUACUAACAGUUUGAAGAAUGUUUACAUAAGCUUUCUUGGGGUCGAAGAUAGCGAGAGAUUGAAGUAUCAUAGCGAUUUGUUGACGAGAGGGCUUGGUGGGUUAGAGACAGAGAAUCAAAAAGCAGAGGAAUGGGGGAUUCAACUACAAUAUUGGUCUUUGUUUCUAUUGAAUAGCUUUGCAUCGCGAGGUAAGUCUCUUGACCAAAUCUGCCAGGGAGAGUUCUUGAAGAAGGUGGUUGAAAUGUGGGGUGGUUUAGUAAACCGGAAGUCUCCGGGAGGAAUUGGAUUGAUAAAGACUCUUUGUAAAACAGAGUUGGGGAGAAAGAGAGUUAGUGAGGUUAAGGAAGUGAUUAAGAGACUUUGCGAUCUUUCAAGAUCGUCUGAUGAUUGGAAAGAAACUGCUUUAGAUACUCUUUUGUUGCUUCUUAACGACUCAAAUGUUAGGUAUCGAGUUAUUGAUGUUUUAGGUUAUUGUUUAGUGGAUUUAGCAGAAGAUAGAAUCGUUGGAGAAAGAGUAGCUCAGAUAGUUUUACAAGAUUAUCACAAGAUUAAGUAUAGUGGCUUGAAGAUGAACAGCGAGGAGGCACAUAGAAAUAUUGAGAAUCUAUGGGAGAUUAAAGUAGAGAGGAAGAAGAAAGAGAAGCUUAUGAAUGAAUCUGAGCUUGAAGAAAGAAGAAAGAUGGUGAAAUCGUUGAAGAAACAAGGGAAGAAGAAGUUUCUGAUGGGUUUUGUUAAAGAAGCGAUGGAGAUUUACACAGUGGGAAUAGAUUUGUGUCCGUUGGAUAUGAUACGAGAUAGAGUUGUGUUGUUUAGCAAUAGAGCACAGUGUUACUUGUUGUUGAAGCAAGCUGAGUAUGCUAUUAGUGAUGCUACUAGAGCUUUGUGUUUAUCUGGUGUGGAUGAUCCUCACGGUAAGAGUUUAUGGAGAAGAUCUCAAGCGUACGAUCUAAAAGGAUCGGGGAGGGAAAGCCUAAUGGAUUGUUUAACGUUCGCAGAUCAACGACACAAGCAUUCCAAUACGCAAAGGAUACCAUACUACGCUGCGCAGAUGAUAAGAAAGCAGAUCCGUAGAUUUAAAGAUACCUAUGUCUCAUUGUAAAAUGCUAUAUUUUAACCUGACAAG